CAGCACUUUGGCCAAACGAUCUUCAUUGCGUGCAGAAGUGUUACGGUACCUCUGUACGAAUAUUUGUAUCCCUGAUUCGCACCGCCUAAAUUCUUGGAUAUUGCAGAUUUAAACACAUGACAUACGAUGAAUACCCUUUCUCGAGGAACUUUGCUAACGCGGGUCACGUCUUCACUUCUCGCUCCGAGGUCGAAUCUGAGACAAAUUACCCCGACGGUUUGUCUCCUCGAAUUUGAUCACCGAACAGCCUCGAUAUCCACAGCGAACAAACAAAGUCAGAGCGUAUCGCAAGCCUCUGAUAUUCAAAGUGUUGAUGCUAAGGAUGGUUUUGUUAAGAGAAUCUUCAAGAAGUACAAUUUAUUUAAUCUGGCUGAGAGUAAAGUCAAAUACUGCAGUUACCUACUGUACGAAUCUAUAGCAGACAAUAUCAAUUACGCCCAAUUUUUCAAAGAAUUCAAUAUGAAAGAUACAUAUUAUUCGUGGUUCUUAAUAACAGAGCUGCAUGUAUGGAUGUUGAUGACGAGAGCGAUGGCUGAAAACGAACAUGGCAGAAUAGCUAGAAAUUCUGUAGUUGAAGCGAUGUGGGGAGAUGCCAAUUGCAGAGCUAAGGAAUUAUGGAGUGAAAAUCCAUCCGGCGUUAGGAUGCACCUGCACGAAUUGUCCGAACAAUUCAAUUGCGCUAUAAUCGGAUAUGACGAAGGUGUCAAUGGGGACGACAAAGUAUUGGCUGGAGCAAUAUGGCGAAGAAUAUUCCAAUUAGAAUGUAACGAUCCUGUGCUUUUAGAGAAAUUAUUAGUCUAUAUCAGAAAGCAGAUGACACAUCUCGACAAUACACCGAGAAAGGAUUUAUUUGAUAAACCUAAGCUCAAGUGGCUGCCCCUCGUGGAUCCUUAAAUAUGAUUGAAAAUAGCGCAAGACCGAUUAUAUACUGUGAAUGAGCACUUUGCUUGUUACGCCAAACUGGUGAAGUAAUUACAUUGAGUACUGUCGUCAGCAACCGCAGUAACAAUCUUGCAGAGUUGAUUGGUGAGACAACUAUCGCUGCAGCCGCUUUCCA